GUUUUCCUGCUGAAUUGUAAAGAGGGACACAUCAGUCUGGCUCGUGCUUAUCUCCACUCUCUCAUCAUCUCAAUACAUCUCUUUUACUCACACUUUUCCCUCCCACACAGCUUUUCUUAACUUUUGAUUUUGUCUCUCCUCUUACGCAGCCUUUUUGCUUUCAUAUUUUAAAUUUUUAAUUUUUCUGCUUUUCUGUCCUGGAGUCUCGUACUCUUGGUCUUCCUUCUUUUCUGUAUUUCUCUGUGCAACAGUAUGCACCUCCUUGAUCCAUGCCAGACAGACACACACAGAUGGAGCAACUGAUACAAAGUGGAGAGGAAGAGGGACCAGAAAGAGAAAAGCAAAUGCAUAAAAGAGACACAGAGGAAUUGGUGAAAUGAUGGUGGUAGGAACACAAUGAUAGAAGGGAGAGGGUGGGUCGGGAGAAAGAGAUGGAAGGAAUGUAAAGUAGACAGCUUCAGUGACAGUGCAGACAAAGGUAGCUCCAGAGAGCGCUCAUGCCGUCCAUUUCAUUCACACACACUCUCUUUCUCACUCACACACCCCCAAGCAGGAGCAGCCGAGCUGUGUGGGUGUGAGGCUGCAUGAGAAGUGAAAUCUGUACUUCUACACAUGCAGCCGGCUGACAGACCAACUUCAUCCAAAACUACAAGCACACUUCCAGCCCUGUCAAGGUGUGCUCUCUACCUGCAACACUCACACUCUGCCAGCCAGCAUGGGUCUUGUGGUGGGAACCUUUUCUGUACAGUCCAAACCAGUGAACUUCCACAAAGAUAAUGCUGACGAUGACUUCGAGAUGACUGUAGUCUGCCAUCGACCAGAAGGCCUGGACAAACUGGAAGCGCAGACCAACUUUAAUAAAAGGGAGCUCCAAGUUCUCUACAGAGGCUUCAAGAAUGAGUGUCCGAGUGGUGCUGUGAAUGAGGACACCUUCAAGCAAAUAUACUCACAGUUCUUCCCACAUGGAGAUGCCAGCACUUAUGCGCACUACCUGUUCAAUGCAUUUGAUACAGGACACACAGGAUCCAUAAAGUUUGAGGACUUUGUGACAGCUCUGUCCAUCCUGCUGAGGGGCUCCGUCACAGAAAAGCUCCAGUGGACUUUCAACCUCUAUGACAUUAACAGAGAUGGUUAUAUUAACAAAGAGGAAAUGAUGGACAUUGUUCGAGCAAUAUAUGACAUGAUGGGGAAGUUUACCUACCCUGUCUUGAAGACGGAUGCUCCCAAACAGCAUGUGGACGCUUUCUUUCAGAAAAUGGACAAAAACAGAGAUGGUGUUGUCACACUUGAUGAAUUCAUCCUUUCAUGUCAAGAGGAUGAAAACAUCAUGAGAUCUCUACAACUCUUUGAAAAUGUCAUCUAGAGAACAAACAUGGCUGAUAUGGACAGAUAGAUGAAAGCACACUGGGAAGAGACGAGGAAUAGAAGAAGAUGAAAUGAGAGAAAACCAAACUGCAAAAAAGGAACAACUUGUGACAAACGAAAUCAAGAGAACCGAGACAAGCACCUGCUCAGAUAACCGUACAGAUAGCAUCUAUCGGUUACAAAUCAAUGAUUAAAGGUUUUUUAAAGGCUUUGGAAAAUUUCCUUUAGACUUCAGAUGAUCUUUCCGUGACUGUCUACCUCGUCCCUAUCUCCUUUGUUUGUUGGUGUUGUGGCCGUUUCCUGCUGUCCAGAACUGUGUGAGCCCUUAUGGCGAUGCGUAACUAAAUUCUCUGUCUCUGUUGGGUCAACUGUCAUCAAGCAGGACUGACAUUCUAACGUGUAACGCACAAAUGGAACUCUUUGCACUCUUUGCUCAUUAACUGCUGAAAAAAAUCCAUUACAAAUCCUCUGUGAUAAAUGAUGCGCAAAAAGAAUACCGUGGAUCAUUUUGGAUGAAAUCCCACGGCUUGUUUCUGCAAGACAUCAGAUUACAUCAGCGAAUCUGGAUCUGAGUGCGAAAUGUUUUACACAAACACAAAGCUGUAAAGGUUUGCAGAAAUGAGCUCAGCCAGUUUCUAAGUGUUCUUGACUCCUGCUGUGUUUCUGUGUUAAUCUGUGAAUGUUGUAAAGAACCCGACUGAAGAUAUUUAACUGUUGCUUUUGUGGCUUCUUCUCCUCUUGUCUUCGAUCACUUGUGUCUGUCUGUGUGUUUCUGUUUCUGACUGUCCUCUCUGAUUAGAUUUAACGCUGUAAUCACUUAAAGUGACCCUAAAUGUUGAUUUUUUUUUUUUAUUUAAAAGAAAGAGGGAGAAUACAGGGAAUUAACGCAGGCAUGUGCAUGAGUUUAUAUGUGUGUCCAGAUGACAGAAGGCUAUGUUUAGUCUCAAAAUGUUGUGUAGUUUUGCAGUUUGUCCAUGAGGUCAGGGAGGACUGCAUUUUGACCCAGAGUUCUGACUUCAUCUCUGUCUGCUAAAAGGGAUUCGACUCAGAGCAACCAACAUUUCACUGUGAGAGCCAGAUGCUGGGAGGCGAUGAAUGAAAACUGGAGAGAAGACCUUAUCACUGAAUUUGGAGGAAAGGAAGCCAUGUUUUCAAAGAGAGCCAUUCUAAGGAUUGGGCAAAACUAAAAUUGAUGCUGUCAUUCACUGUGUUAUACCAAUAAUAAUGAUAAUAAUAGUAAAAAAAAACUGUGUUGCAGCUCUUCUUAAUUGUACCCAGACAAGCCAACAGUCAGAAAGACAGAUGGGUAGACAGACAUACAGACAGACACUUAAAACCAUCAGAAUUAAAAGUAUGUGUGUAUUGAAAUAUUGUAUAAAAUCAUUAUAUUUAUCAAUAAACUUUUCAAGAAAUUAA